UACAAACAAAGAAUUAUGUUCUCCCCAAGCAUUCAAAAAUUCUUUGCUUGUUAAUGGUUAACCGCUUGUGUACGAAAAAAUGGUGCUUAAAUUGCCCACCAAGAGUUCUUCAAAUCUCAUUAUAUAAAGCUGGUUUUGGGGAGUAGCUAUAUUACCACCACCACAUCAUCUUGAUUGCCUACUAGUUGUGUCAUUUGCCCUUUUGUGUAUACAUCAGAAAACCUUCCUACUUGGAACAAGUUCAUUUUCUCCUUUCCUAUUUUCGUUAUCCUCUGUCAAUCCAUUUCCAAACCCCAUAAUGUCUGAAGCACUUGUAUCCUUCCUUGUAGAGCAGUUGGGUUCCAUCAUCUUCCAACAGGUGGAACAAAACGUGAGACUUGUUGUGAAUGUCAAAACAGAAGUAGCAACUCUUACCCUCAACCUCAAAACUAUUCAAGCUGUGCUUUCGGAUGCAGAGAGGAGGCAAGUGAAGGAGGCCAACGUGAGACGCUGGCUCAACAAUCUAAAAGAAGUGUCAUACGAGAUAGACGAUGUGGUAGACGAGUGGAGCACUGAAAUCCUGAAAAAACAAAUCGAGAAACAAGGUGAAAAUGCUGUUGUACCUAAGAAGAAGGUAUGUUUGUUUAUUCCCUUCCAUUGUCUUUGUACUGGACAAGUCACUCAGAUAAUUUUUCGUCGUGACAUUGCUGUGAGGAUAAAAGAGUUGAAUGAGAAGUUAGCUUUGAUUCAUGAACAGCGAAAAUUUUAUAAGUUUCUCGAAAAUGAAAUAGAAUUUGAGCAACACGAACGAUUGAAAAGUUUCUCAAUUGUCGAUGAAUCUGAGAUAUUUGGUAGAGACUACGAAAGGAAUAAGUUAGUAAGCCAGUUAGUGAGUGAGAAUAGUGAAGAAAGGAAGAAGCCUCUUGUCAUAUCUAUUGUAGGUAUGGGGGGGAUAGGCAAAACAACUCUUGCCCAACUAGCUUAUAAUGAUGUAAAGGUAAAGAAUUGUUUUCAUACAAGAAUAUGGGUUUGUGUCUCCGACCCCUUUGUACAAAUCGCUGUUGCCAAAGCCAUCCUUGAAAGUCUUAAGGUAACUGUCCCAAAUUCAAAUGAGUUAGAAACUUAUGUUCAACUUAUAUCUGACUCUAUUAAGGGCAAAAAGUUCCUCCUUGUCCUAGACGAUGUCUGGGACUCAAACCAUAGAAAGUGGGAGCCCUUCCUGACCACAUUACAUGUUGGUGCCUUAGGGAGUAGAAUUUUGGUUACAACGCGAAUAGCGCAGGUUGCUAGUGCAAUGGGAACAACUAGUGACCACACAUUCUAUAUGAAGGAGUUAGGUGAAGAAACUUGUCGGUCAUUGUUCUAUCACAUUGCAUUUUUUGAUGGUGAAAGAAAAGAGUCUAAAAAGUUUGAAGAUAUUGGUAAUGAAAUUGUAAAGAGGUGCAAAGGCUUGCCUCUUGCUGCUAAGACUUUGGGUAGUCUAAUGCGGUGUAAGAAGACAGUGCAACAAUGGGUAGAUGUUUUGAAUAGUAAGAUAUGGGAAUUAGAAGUCGUUGAAAAUGAAGUUUUUCAACCGUUGUUUCUAAGUUACCAUGAUUUAGAACCCCAGUCCAAACGUUGUCUUUUGUAUUGUGCUACAUUUCCUAAAGAUUAUAAGAUUGUCAAGGAUCAGUUGAUUGAAUUGUGGAUGUCACAAGGUUAUCUUGAAGUCAAAGGAAGAAACAAAGAAAGCACAACAGUAGGUCAGAGGUGUUUUGAGAACCUAGUAACACGGUCUUUCUUUCAAGAUAUUGAGGAAUAUCUUGAGGGGAAUAUUAAAAGUUGUAAAAUGCACGACAUCGUGCAUGACUUUGUGCAAUAUUUAACCAAGGAUGAAUGCUUUAGUACGGUGGUUAGGGGUACUAAUGAGAGAAUGGAGUUACCGGGUGAUGAGGUCAGUCAUUUGUCGUUGAUGUUUGCACCCAAGGGUCCAUUUCCUGUUUUUUCUCUCAAUUGUAAGAGUUUGCGCACUCUCACAGCUUUUGAAUCGAAACUUACUAGCAUUGGCGUUGAGUUGAUUUCGCAAUCAAAAAGCCUUAGGACUUUGAAUUUGAGUGAAAACUCGAUUCUAGAAGUUCCAAAGGAGAUUGGUGGAUUGAUACAUUUGAGAUAUCUGGACUUGUCUCAAAACCGUGAACUGAAGGAAUUGCCCGACAGUUUAGGUGAUUUAUACAAUCUGCAAACCUUGCGACUUGUUGAGUGCAGACAACUAGUCAAAUUUCCCGAUGAAGAGGCAACGAGAAAGCUAACCAAGUUAAAGCAUCUUUAUGUCGAGGGGUCUUGUCGUCUAAAAUCAAAACGGAUAGGGAGGUUAACCGGUCUGCAAAAGCUAGAUGUGUUUCAUCUAAAUGGUUAUAGGGGUGAGGACAAAGAAGGGACGUUGAAGUUGCAAGAUUUGAAAAGCUUGAACCAACUUGAAGGGAGUCUUUCCAUUGCACACUUGGAGUCUGUGGAAGAUGCGAGUGAGGGUGUAAAGGCAUGUUUGAGUGAGAAACAUCUCCUUCAUCUGGAUCUAGAUUUCUUAUGUCGCAAUGGAUGUGAAAAGUACAGGAGAGAAGAAGGGAGGGGCCAAAAUGAUAGAGAAAUACUGAAUGGGCUGCAACCACAUGGAGGUUUGGAAUCAUUGCGCAUCCGGAACUGCCAGCUGGCUACUUCUCCGUGUCCCAAUUGGAUCUUGUCUUUACAUAAUCUAACAAGGCUUGUGCUUGUGUACUACCGUAAUUGUGAGCUGCUUUCGGGUCCAUUUGGGAGAUUGCCGUCGCUUGAAACACUAGUAUUUCAAGAGAUGAAGAAAGUGAAAAAGGUGGGAGUGGAGUUGUUGGGAAUUGAAGAAAGAGAAUUACAAUCAUCCUCCUCCUCCUCCUCGUCUUCUCUCAUUUUAUUCCCCAAAUUGAAAAGCCUCCUGUUCGGUGUGAUGGAUGAGUGGGAAGAAUGGGAAGGAGUCCCUCCCCAGAAUAAUAUUACCAUAAUGCCCUCCCUAUGUCGCUUGGUAUUUUUCCGCUGCUCCAAACUUGGUACGCUGCCCGACUUCCUGCGCAAGACACCACUACAGAGUGUGGAAGUCAAGUUUUGUCGAAUUCUCAGUGGUAUAGUCGGGGACAAAACAAGUGAGGAGUGGGCCAAGAUUUCUCACGUCCCAGACAUUCAAUGUUAAGCUGCGGCGAUUUCAGGCGGCGAGUUGUUGAGUGGUCUUGUCUUCUAAAAGCAGGCGACAAAUCAAGCUGUAGGCUAUGAGCUUUCCUUUCUUCCAUACAAAUAGUAGUUGUUAUACUCUACAAACACUGCCGGACUUCCUGGGCGUUACACUUGACAUGAGGUCACUUGAGCUUCUAUCUCCUUUAGGGACAUUGCCAUUCCUUGAAGCAUUGGAAAUAAAGUCAAUGAUAAUGACAUUGCCAUACCAACUGGCCCAAACAUCCAAAUUGAUAAUGGCCUCUGACUAUUGAGUGAGGAGCCAGCUUCCACCAAUCUCAUCCACUCUUAUAUUCAGGGAUUGGGAGGGUCAAGCCUCCAAGUUGUAAUGGCUGGAUUCCCUAAGACCGAAUGCCCCCAUCCUCAGGAAAUUGCUUUGGCUCCCACAGCAAGCUAAAAGCAUUUACAAUGGCAUUGGAACUUCAAGCUGAUGGUUGAUAUAUCAAGUAGUUUGCAAUCUGUUCUUUUUGUGGUUUAUUUCUCUGUCCUUGCCGGAUCCUCUUCCGCUCUUCUAUCCCCCAAGUUCACUUGUGUUUGGCUUCCAUCACCCUUGACAAGGUUGAAAAAGAGCUGAGAGCGGUCGUAGGUGUUGACAAAGAAGCUGCAAACAUCAACCACAAUGCAGUUAGGACAAAAUAAAGGGAUUGGGGAGGUCAACCCUCGAAGUUUUAACGACUGACUCGUUAAGACCAAAUACCUUCAGCCUCAGCUACUCCUUAAUGUAGUGCAGAAUUUCCAGAUAUGAAAGUUCUAAUAAAACUUUGGCUAGUGCGGAAUCAAUAAUCUUCUUUUUAUCCAGGAUUCAAAUUUACAACAUGCUCCAGGUACAGCUCAAAUUGAAGCCUAAAGCAUUUUGAAUGGCAUUGGAAUUUUCAAGCUAAUGAGAAGCUACUCUGGCUUCCUCUUUCAAUUCUUUUGGAACAAGGAGAAAUAUGCCAAGAGGAUGGGCCUAGUGGACAGCUCAUUGUAGUACAAUUCAUAUUGUAACAUGACGAGCUUAAUCAGGGUCGAAGAUCUAAUGCUUCUUCUGAUGCUGGAACCCAGCUCCCUAUCCAGUGGAGAUGUCUUUAUUAUGUUGGCUUUAUUUCUUCAAGAUUUGGAAAGACUUGCAAGCAAACUCUUAUGUGGAGGGAGAAUAGGGAGGUCAGGUCUCUUUACUUCUGAUGAUUGGAGUCCACUGACGAGAUGAUCCCCAACCCUUGUAGACUACAGAGGAAUUCUUCACACAACCUCGUACCGUACUGCUCAGAUUUAAUCUAAAAGGAUUUACAAUGGCAUUGAGACUUUCAAGCUGACGGGUGGAUAUAUGCUUUGGGGUAUCCAAUAAUAUACAUAUGUCUCAUGCACGGUCCACAAGCUAGGUCAACUACUGAUUGAUGACAACCUCUGCCACUUCUUCACUUCUCUUCCAGGAUUGAAAGCAAACCUCAUUGCAGGGAUUGAAAGCACACCUCAAAGUUGUAAUGGCUGGAUUCCCCAAGACCGGAUGCCCCCAUCCUUAGCUCAAAUACUGAAGCUUAAAGCAUUUCAAAUGGAAUUGAAAUUUUCAAGUUGAUGAGAUUUACUCUGGGGAAACGGAUUUUACUGUCACUACUAGCUAGGCGUGAUAUUACCAACGAAGCAAUCCAAGUGGUGACCUGCAAGUUGCAAGGCAGUCAACCUACAUUUUCUGAAUUAAUUAUCCCCCUCGAAAUCUUCUAUGAAGAUUAAUGGAAUAAUCCACGCAAAACACUGCAGAGGUAGAGAUAUCCUCUGGUGCUGAAACUGAUGAUGCUGAAACCCAACUUCCUGUCAAGUGUGGAUGUCUUUACCCAGUUGGCUUGAUUUCUUCAAGUUCAGAAAGGAUUGCAAGUACUCUUCCAUGAGUAAAUGGCAAGGUCAGGUCUUUAAAUUUCUGAUGAUUGGAGUCGAUGGACAACUGGACCCUUAGGAAAUUGCUUUGGCUCCCACAGCAAGCUAAAAGCAUUUACAAUGGCAUAGGAACUUCAAGCUGAUGGGUUGAUAUAUCAAGUAGUUUAUAAUCAGGUUCUUACCAACACCAGGUAUGAGAGAGAAUUUAAGAAUGGAUGUGACACUGAAUUCCAUUCCAUGGAAACACUCUGGGGAUGACUCUAGAUGGCUGGUAAACAUCAAACAGUUAUUUCAGGAAGGUUUGGGAGGUUUGUGACCAUGAGCUCUCAUGCAAGGAAGUUCAACAUCAGAUAUUUUCUUCGGUUGUACCUAGGAAUGUUAUAAUCUACUUAAGGCGACCAGUUGGUAGUGAAAUUGAUGGUAAAAUCAUUCAUCAUGUGGAUAUUGCUUCUGGCUUGUACCCUAUACUGUUCUGUUAUCCAUUCUCGCUAGAAAGGAUUAAUCAUGUUCAUCAGACACCUGACAGGGAGUGGUUUAAAACUGAGGCCGUUCUUCGUUUUAGCUUGGGAAACUUUCUGUUCUUCACCAUCCUGUCAGUUGUGAUGAUUGGUGUGAUGAGUCAAAAGGAUCCCCGUGAUAGUAUCCACUAUCCACCAUGGUGGAUGGAUGAUGAAAGCUACUUACUGGUUCCUUUUGGUGAUCUUCUCAUUGUGUUUCAUACCAAACGGGAUUAUUAGUUUCUAUGGAACUUUUGGCUAUUAGCAGUGUUUGGAUGAGGGAUAAUAUGGGGGGAGAUGACAUUUUGGUGGGACUAAAAAUCUCACAUGGAAAAUCCCUCGUUUGGUAAUUAAAUAGGGAGGGACUUAAAUUAUGAGGGAUUGUAGGAGAGGAUAAUCAGACAGGAUUUGUCUUAAUACAUCUCCCACCUUCGAGUUCCGCUUCUAGACGUGUUAUUCUGAAGUUCCACAGCGCGAAGAAGACGACUACGCAUCGGCCUUGAUUUCUGGCUCUCUCUUCUUCUUGCAUCGCUGUUCUCCAGGAAAGAUGUGCAUGUGCUGAUACUCUCUCUCUUGUUGCUCGAAUAUUGCAUAAAUCCAAGGCUCAUCUCCAGUCAAUUCUUUUUCAAAAAAAUGCUGUUGAAGAUUUCUGUGAAUUUGGUCGGUUCAUUUGUUCUUGUCUGUAGGAGUUCCUGAUAAUCUGUCAUGGUGGCUUGGAGGAGAGAAGAAGCACAGGCACUUCUGAAGGAGUCCCUUGAAUCGUUGGAGGACAUCGGUGCAUCUCUUAUGUUGAAAUAGUGAGUGCUCAGCCUCAAAACCAGAAUAAGAAGGGAAAAUAAGGUUUACCCUACCCAUAAGUGGAAAAGCAAGAAUAUAUUUUGUGAAGCAGUGCUGAAUGAGGAAGUCUGAAAUGAUGAGGUUGUGGAGCCCAUAGUUCCAGUUAUUUUUCAACACACAAAGGCAACUAGUUCCAUAUAGAGAAACAGGAAUUUAGGAUGGAUCUUUGUCGUAAGCGUGCUUGAGAAGAGGAGGAGGAGGUGGUGGAGGAAGAAGAAAUCAAUGAAGAGGAGAUUAGCACUGUUGAAGCCACUAAUGAGUGGACUGUAUUUCGUGAUCAAUUGACGAUGGAUAUGUUUGCUGACUAUCAAAAAUUCAAAGGCAUCGAGCUCAACAAGAGCAGCAAGAACAAGGAGACCUUGCAAAUGUUCCAUGAUUUCAAAGUUCUGUUGUGAUAUUUACUAUUUAGGAUGUUAUCAUAAAUGUUUGACAUUUUAAGUCUAUGAAUUCAAGCAAAACCAAAAUCGAAUUGUGACUGAAAUUCAAUUGUUGCAUUUUUCAAAUUUCUAACGGUUUUCAUGAUUUUUUCAUUUUAAUGGAAGGUUUGAAAUUAAUUGGUGAA